AUGGCGGAUGUAAUGAGGGACUGACAUUUAGCUGAUAACAGCUGAAAAUAAUUUAGUUUCAUCGCUGCAACAUUGCUAUCUGCUCAGCGAAAGCUGCUUCGAAAACAUUUUUCAGUGUUUUAGUUCUCAGUGGAUUGCCUUAACCGCUACUUCUCCGAUAGUGGCAUGUUUUCUGUAUUCACUCACUCGACAAGGCGGGUUGUCACUUGCCGUUCGCAUUUGGGUAUUCAAGGUGCCUAUGCCGCUAGGAAAGCAUGCUAUAGCGAUGGAAUGAAAUUUAACGAAGGACCUUUACAGUUGUACAAGUCACAUUUAGAAAGAAAAGUUCUGAAGCCCGACGACUCACAGCUGAAAGUGGUGUGCAAUCUUCAAAGCCUGUUUGAACGACUCAAAGAUUAUGAUUCCCAAAAGCAAUCAAGUAAUCAACUGCUCACACCUCAAGGACUCUAUCUUUACGGUGGGGUGGGUAGUGGCAAAACAAUGUUAAUGGACAUAUUCUAUGACAGCAUACAAGUUCCAAACAAGAAGCGUGUGCAUUUUUACUCCUUCAUGCUUCAGUUGUAUUCUGCCAUUAAUCGGUGGAACCUUUGUUGUCCAAGUGAUGAGCUAACCUUUGAUACAACUCCAGUGGAGUCCAUUGCCUCUGAGCUGGCUGGAGAGGCUUGGUUGCUCUGCUUUGAUGAAAUGCAGCUGGCAGACUUCGCCUCCACCCGGCUUUUGGAAGGAGUCUUUCGUAAAAUGUUGGAAAAUGGAACAGUUAUAGUAACAACAUCUAACAGAUCUCCCAAUGAACUUGGGGCUUCAUCCUUUGGACGCGAAAGGGAGGCUCUAGAUUCAUUGACGUCAUUAGUCGCUUUACUCACUGAGCGUUGUGAAUUGGUUGCCAUGAAUUCUGAAAGUGAUUAUCGAACCAAUCAGAAACGCGGAAAGGACAAUUAUUUUACUCCUCUAACCAAACACACAGAAAAAGUAUUCGACGAAGCCUUUUGUGAAGCAGUGGGGCGUGGUCGGCGGCUAACAUCGGUUUCGCUUCCCGUGUAUGGUCGGAAGGUCAUCGUCCCCAUCGCUUCGGAAAAUGGCAUUGCUAGGUUCACUUUCAACGAGCUGUGCAGGUCUCCUCUAGGGCCAGCCGACUAUAUUACGAUCUGCAAUGCCUUUCACACGGUAUUCUUGGAGGACAUACCGCAGAUGAGCAUCUACCAAAAGAACGAAGCUAGGCGCUUUCUUAGUUUUGUCGAUGCAGCUUAUGAAAGUAAAGUGCAACUUUUCUGCACUGCGGCCAGCUCACCUGAUGAGUUGUUUCAAUUGAUCCCCAGCGAUGACCCACUACAAGAAGACAAGAUGCACAUGGAAAUGAUGGGCGAGAUGGCUUAUGAUCUUGAGCUCACCCAGCUCGAACUGAGUUCGCUCGGAAUAUUGACCGGCGAGGAGGAAAUCUUCUCAUUCAAGCGUUGCAUUUCACGUCUGAAGGAAAUGCAAAGCGAGCUGUAUCAGUGUCAGAAACACCGUCUCCAAGCCUUCUCUCCUUAUCUUGGUUCUUUUGAAGAACGUCUGCAAUCGGAAAAUCGUCGCCGGGAGCGCGAACACAAGCGUCGAAUGAAAAUGCUGGAGGCCUCGGGGGAUGGCAGUGAAGCUCUCCGAGAAUUACCACUGACACCUUUGACGACAGGCUCCUCCGACUGGGCAGACGAAGCGAGUUACGUCACUUGGAGCAAUG